AUGCCUCAGCUGCGCGUCCUCGUCGUCGGCGCCUCCAUCGCCGGCACGUCCGCCGCGUACUGGUUCCGCCGCGCCGGCGCCCUCGUCACCGUCCUCGAGUGCUCCCCCGUCUUCCGCCUCGCCGGCCAGGCCGUCGACCUCCGCACCGUCGGCGUCGCCGUCAUGCGACGCAUCCCCAACAUGGAGCCCGCCGUGCGCGCCGCCACCACCACCCUCUCCGGCAUCCGGUUCCUCGACGCCCACGGCCGCGCCCGGGGCGAGCUGCGCUCCACCGGCGACCCGGACCGGCAGGCGCUCGUCUCCGAGUACGAAAUCUUCCGCGGCAAGCUCGCCAGUAUUUUGUAUAGCUACACGGAGCACGACGAGGGCGUGCGGUACGUGUUUGGCGAGCGGCCGGCUGCCAUCACGCCGACGGGGGAAGGCCCGGUGGUGGUGGAGUUUGCGAGUGGGCGGCCAGCUGAGGAGUUUGACCUGGUGGUCGCGUGCGACGGCGCGGCGUCGCGGACCCGAGGCUUAGCGUUCCGGUGCGAACCGCACGAGCACGUCGUCGGUACCAACCACUGGGCCGCGUACUUUGACAUCCCCGAGGACUUGCUCGGCGGCAGUGACGUCGGGCUGUGCUACAACGCGCCCGGCGGACGCAUGGUCUGCCUGGGCCCGGACCCGGACGCCGGCGGCAGCUGCAAGGCUACGCUCCUCAGCAUCUCCUCGUCUAGCGCUACGGACCUCACCGCGCCCUUCCGCGCAGCUCAAGAGGAAGGCGACGCCGCGCUACGCGCCUUCGUCGCGGAGCGCUUCCGCGGGGCUGGCUGGCGCACCGACGAGAUUCUCGCGCACCUGGCCUCUUCACCCACCUUCUACGCGAGCGAGAUGGUGCGCGUCGCUGCGCCUUCGUUCUCCGCCCUCGGAUCUCGCGUCGCGCUCGUCGGGGACGCCGGAUACGCGGCGCCGAGCGGCGCGGGCACCUCGCUGGCCAUGGCGGGCGCGUACGUGCUGGCCGGGGAGGUGGCCGCGCGGCCGGGAGAUUUGCGGGCGGCGCUGACGGCGUACGAGGAGGUCAUGCGGUCGCUGGUCGGGGAGGUGCAGCGGGUAUCGCCGCUGUUCUGGAGCGUGAUGGCGCCGCAGACGGCGUGGGGCGUGGCGCUGCGCAACGGCGUGUUGCAGGCGGUUUGCUGGACGGGCGUUCUGGACGCGGUGCAGAGGUUGUUUGGGGGUGCGUUUUCGAGCGCGGAGAGGCAUGUGCUGCCAGAAUAUGAGUGGGUGGAUUAG